UACCUCCACACUGAGCAACUGUACGCGGAAUUGGCUACAAUCCAUUCAGCUUGUCCGAAGAUCACUCGGCUAUAUGAAAUCGGAAAAUCGGUACUUGGCCGCACCCUUUGGGUCCUCUCUUUGGGUGACCAUCCUGAUGAACAUGAGCCUGGGGAACCAGAAGUGAAAGUAGUAGCUAACAUUCAUGGAAACGAAGCUAUCGGACGUGAGCUACUUAUUCGUCUUGCAUGGGUUCUUUGCCGUAACUAUGGACGAGACGACCUCAUAACUUUGCUGUUGAAACAUACCCAGAUUCACCUUCUGCCUUCAAUGAACCCAGACGGCUUCGAGAUUGCCGUGGAAGGCGACACCAAUGGCGUUGUUGGACGUGGAAAUGCCAAUGCAGUUGAUUUAAACCGUGAUUUUCCCGACCAGUUUCGUGAGGCGUCCAAAGAGGGACCACGGCAGCCAGAGACGCUGGCUAUGAUCAACUGGACGGAGAAUAAUCGGUUCACCUUGUCGAUGAGCCUACAUGCUGGCUCUUUGGUUGCCUCCUAUCCUUUUGACGGUAGUGCAAACCAUACCUCCUACCAUUCAGCUACUCCGGAUGAUGCAGUAUUUCGGCGGUUAGCGCUGGUCUACAGUUGGGCACACAAGGAAAUGCACAAAGGCAUCAUCUCGUGUGGCGAGCCACCGUUCCAUUGGGGUAUUACCAAUGGGAACAAAUGGUAUCCUUUAUACGGAGGUAUGCAAGAUUGGAACUACCUGUACGCCAACUGCAUGGAAGUAACCGUGGAACUUGGAUGUGUUAAAUACCCGAAGUCUGAAUUGAUUUCAACCUAUUGGGAAGAUAAUCGGAACUCGUUACUUGUUUUUAUGGCAGAGGUUCACCGCGCUCUACGUGGAUUCGUUUUCGAUGCCGUAACGCAUCAACCAGUUGGCAAUGCAACUAUUCACGUGAUGAACAACUCCCACACGAUUCAGACUACCAUCGAUUUGGGCGAAUACUGGCGACUGCUCCCAGACACCGGCAUGUAUACUGUGUGGGCAUCGAAACCUGGCUAUUUUGCAUCUUCACCUAUUGUAAUCAACGCAUCUCAGUUGCCGUACGUGGAGCAUACUCGAUCAGAACAACUGAAUUUCACGUUAUGGCCAGAUAUGACUUCCCAAUGGUCUCACGAGUUGGACUUUGAUAUUGCUUUGAAUCGGCUCCCGUCCUAUUUCCCUCAGUCAGAUGUUCAGACAGCUGUUCGUGCUUCGGUUUCCACUGAGUUUGUCACCACUGGACAGAUCCCCUACUCGAUACAGACAGGCUCGUCCAUCAAAACGGACCACCUAGUCGCAGUUGAGGUGGCUAUCGUUGGCAGGAAAUCUCACCAGUUCACGCCCAACAGAGUCUGGGACGCAUCCAAUCCAAUCGCCAAGUUGCCCGGUCGAAUUCGGAUUCUGGUACUUGCUGGGUUGCGUGGUGUUGACUUGGUUGUUACAGAAAUGGCUAUUAGGGCUGCUCGUCAUUUUGCCGAAGGAGUCCGUUUAUUUGACCGGCGUGUUGGACACUUGCUCUCCACUCACAUCGUCAUCGUGCCAUAUUUGGACGCGGAGGGGACGACAGAGCGUGCUCGCAAGAGCCGAACUGACCCAAAUCCGGAUGAUGACUCUCAAGUGACGGAUGAAUGCUUGGAACAGGAUUCAUCUGAAGAGGAAUUGGUAGUGGCCAUUUUACGAUCUGGUUUGACACCGUUCAUUCGGGAUUUCCAACCCCAUGUGGUACUUAGUCUGGAAACUGGAAGCUGGGCAAACCACGUGUGGCAUGUGCAAGACCACUCCGUCUCGCUUCCUGUCGCGCCAAUCUUCGUUCCAGAAACAACCGUCCCUGGCUUGUCGAUGUCUGAUUUAAUGGCAGAUUUGGCCCUCGAGUAUGCGAUCGGACAGGGCUUUUUGAAUCGAUCAGAUGAAGCAUGUGCCUCGACAACACGCGAGGCAACUGGAGAAAACCACUUUCGGGCAACAGUGUACCGUCAUCUAGCUGAUGCCAUCAACGGACACCAACAGAGUCUCCCGGCAGAAAAUCAGUCGCUUCCCACUUUGCCUACUGUUGCUUUAGCCGUUCGGAUAGCUUGUCUGCGAUGUUCAAAUCAGUUACCUGCGCCGCACAUUUUGCCAGAGCUAUGGCACGAAACACUGAGUGGCAUUGUGGCUCUAUUCACCGCAAUCCGAAACCUCUCCUUCAGAGGUCAACUUCUUAUCGAGUCUGGACCGUUAACUCCUAAUCUUACAAGUCCUUUGCCCGAUGGUGACUGGGUCUCUCCCCCGUCAGCCCAGCUGAUCGCACAAUCAGCGUUGUUUCCCGGCAGUGAGGAUCGUUUUUCACUGAACUCACAGACAAACGGAAAUAUAUCUCGUUGGUUUACUCUUCCGGUUGACCCCAAAACAGGCCUUUUUGGAUCCCUUCUUCCGACAGGGACAUACUUAGUUUUUGCUGCCGCUGGCUCCGAGAACAGCACAUUGGGACAGACCUACGAGGAAAUGGCGAUCGCUGUCGCGCUGCGUCCUGAUCGUAAUAACGGACGUGCGCAGAUUCGACUGGAGCGCCAACUCGGAAAAAUUGAAUUUCGCACACCAGAAUCUUUGUUUGAUAGGAUGAAACACUACAGUAGCGGAACGGGUGCAGAUGGACGCUGUGGGCAAUUAACUACUCUUGGCAAAUCGCGAUUGGGUGAACCGAUCUAUGUUUUCAAGCUUGGUCACGGUAUAACGAACGUUCGACCACUAGAUACUAGUCAUCAGCCUGAAACGAAAAAUGGUGACGCUCUGUUCGUAGUAGAAGAAAACCUUUCGGAAAACAAUACUCACAUACCGAAACUGGAGUCCGUUCGUGUCGUGUUGUUUGGUAAUUUGCACGCGUCUGAUCAGUUGACGCCGCAGCUUCUGGUGCAUUUUAUUGAGUGGCUUUGUGAGAACCGAGAUACUCGCCCUUCCGUCAACCAAAUGCUAUCAGCUGUCCAGCUGGCUAUAGUCCCAAUCCCAAACCCUGACGGGACUUCUCGAGCAUGGUCCCGACCCGAUGAUUUCUUUCCAUCAAGUCAGUCUUCAGCUGAACUAUUCACCACCGGUCGAGAUUCGGAAUACUGUGACCGCAACGCAAGGCCUUCGGAUCAUUUUGGACACGGUGCCGUUGAUUCUGGUGGUCCUGUGGAUCUUUGGCAGGAGUUGAUUCAUCUCACCGGAAGCUCUUUGAACAAAAGUGCACACUGGUGGUGGGAGAACGAACAACGCGCGAAUUUAUCCACCCACCUAGAACCGGAAACCAGCGCCAUUGUCCAUUGGUUUCGGUCGUAUAAGCCCACGGUGAUCUUCAGUUUUCCAACGCAAUCUGUGCCUGGUAUUGAUUACGGGCUGGAUCCCAACGAGACUCCUUAUGCUCAGCACAUUCAAGGCGAAAUUCACGACUGGUUGCGAUUUCUCGGACAGCUUCUUUCACCAGGAUUUCGCCAUCCUACACACGUGUGUUCUACUCCGAUUCAUGCUGUCUCAUCGACCCACAAGUCGUUUAACGACCGUCGUCGUCGACCUCAAACAAUGAUGUUCAUUGACGAUUUAACUCCCGCUAACCCUCGACCAACCGAAUCCAAGUUGACCUUGGAGGCUUCUUCAGCGUUACGCCUGUCCUCGAUCUCACCCGAUUUGGCCCGGCUAGACUCGCCACGUGGACAGCUCCAGUCGGACGCUUCUUUUCAACCUCCCUUACCACUAGCUGGUCCAAUCAGUCUCGGUCUCUCACUGUGUCCCGCCUGUCUCCGUCCCACACCACCAGGUGUGGCUCGGAUUUGGAAAGAUUACCGUUUCCCCAGUCUUUUGCUUGGUCUCAUCGGUCAUGCAACAUUAACCGUACCAGGAAGUUCCGGUUUGAUUGGUCGAGUUGAGUCGACCUCUGGUUAUCCCAUUCCUUGGGCCCGUAUCCAUAUGGAUUAUAUGCAGAGUGAAUUGUCCACCGGACCCUCGGAAGACCGUGGCCAAUUCGUUAUUGCCUUACCACCUGGGAUAUUUCGGUUCAGUGUUCGAGCCACCGGUUAUGUGGAUCUCAGCGAACUGAUUAAAGUUGAGAUGUUGAAAGGUCCGACGUAUCACGUGUUCCGUCUCACCCCUGUCAGCGCUCUAUCCACUGAUACGCGGACGCAUUUGAUGAUCAUUUCUGGUUCAGUACUCGUGACAAUACUAUCAGCUGCCACUGUUUGGUUGUCCUAUCGCUUCUGCUGUCGACCGCGAACUCCCUACGCAAUGUCUCGGCGUGGCCUAACGACUCGAUGCCAACCUGGAAAAUCGAUGAGCGUCCCCAUAGAGGAUGCUCGCGGUUCCUAUCGUCUAUUACCAGUCGAACACCCGAAGUCCGAAGGUGAGGAUGACAGUCGUUUGGCUAUGUUGCGUGGAGAAGCGAUAGAGGAUGAAUAUGACAACGAUGUGGGGCAGUCAAACAAUCGGAAUGGCACUGAUCAUCCCUCCAUGGAAUUCAGGCCGAAAAAGUUUCGCCUGCUAACAAAUCAGCGUUUGAAGCGGUAUAGUAAGCUUACCGAUUCGGGCCUACCUGACACUGACAACCUAGAGGAGAUUGAUCUGCAUCUCUCCAGAGAGAGUUCCGAUCUAAGUUUAUUUGCCUGGGAGUUGUUUGUCUUGAAGUCACCCAAAUUACAGCCUCCAUCCGAAAACCGUUGGCAGACCUCAGGACGGAUCAAUUUUCUAGCUGAAAUCAUGAGGAAAGCUCGAGAAAACUUCACCGCCGUUCACGAAAGGAAUAGAGUGAAAGUGGCAAGUAGAAAGGUACAACCAUUCCUCGUAGGCGCGGAAAGAUCCUCGAAAGAUCAUCAGAGUCCUGGAAGGAGUGGACUGGGAGCGCGGAAGCUUAGCAGUCGAUGGCAAGGUCCGUUUGUCGUUACCGACCGCCGGGGAACGUCUAUACAGUUCAAGACGGUCGGGGAA